UUUAAUGUCCCACAUCUGCAGUCAUCGUUUUCACAGGUGAACAAUAAACAGAUCGAUUUCUUAAAUAUCUUUAAACCAGGAAGAAUUCAUGUUCAGCAACAAGCAGCAAAAGAAAAGACAGUCCAAAGAGUGAUGACGAAAGGCAUCGCUGGCAUUGGAAAGACAUUUGCUGUCCAAAACUUUGCUCUAAGCUGGGCAGAAGGAAAAUCUAACCAGCACAUUGAUUUCAUCUUUGUGCUCCCCUUUAGAGAGCUGAACAUGCUCAGAGAUGCCGACUACAGUCUGCUGCAGCUUCUCCUUCACUUCUACCCUGAAAUAAAACCCCUAGAAGCUACACAGCAGCUUGUUCACAAGCAAGUGCUGUUCAUCUUUGAUGGUUUGGAUGAAAGCAGAUUUCCACUGGACUUUGAUGGAGCUGUGAGAAUAAGUGAAAUAGAUCGAAGAUCAACAGUUGAUGUGCUGCUGACCAACCUCAUCCAAGGCAACCUGCUGCCUCGCGCUCUGCUCUGGGUAACAUCCAGACCUGCAGCUGCCAGUCAGAUACCUUCUAAAUACAUUGACCAGAUGACAGAAGUCCAAGGUUUCACUGAGCAACAAAAAGAGUCAUACUUCAGGAAGAGAUUCAGCACUGCUAAUCAGGCAGAAGAAAUCCUGUCUCGUCUUAGAGGAAUGAUCAGCUUCUAUUUCAUGGGCCAUAUCCCAGUGUUUUGCUGGAUCAUCGCUGAGGUGUUUAGGAAAGGAUGGAGUGAUGAGAGGAGCCGCGGCAUCACAACGAUGACAGAGCUGUACAUUUAUUACUUACUAAUUCAAACACAAAGAACGAGACAGAAAUAUGCAGGGAAAAGCUCCAAGAAGAGGUCCAAACAGAAGAAGUCUCAAGCCCAGAACUCUGCCAUGCUUUUAAACUUGUCCAAGUUGGCAUUUGAACAGCUGCAGAAAGGAAACAUCAUAUUCUAUGAAGAGGACCUCACAGAAAGUAGCAUCGAUGUUGAUGAAGCAUCAGUGUUUUGUGGAUUUUGCUCAGAGAUUCUUAAGGAAGAACGAGGCCUGUACAAGAAGAAGAUGUUCAGCUUUGUGCAUUUAAGCUUUCAGGAGUUUCUUGCAGCUCUCUACAUGCACCACUGCAUCCUGACGGACAACUUCAGUACUUUGAAGUCUUUCCUGGGUGUCGACCCGACAGAUCUGAGCUUUCUGGAUUUGCAGAAAAAGGUUGUGGAUAAAGCCUUGCAAAGUGAGAAAGGUCAGUUAGAUCUGUUUCUGUGUUUCUUCCUUGGAUUUUCUCUGGAGUCCAAUCAAACAGUGCUGCAGGGUUUACUGCCACAGGUAAAGAGCAGCUCGGACACCACCGAAGAGAUGAAGGGAUACCUGAAGAAUUUCCAUGUCAAAGACAUCCCACGCGAGAGGUACAUGAACCUUUUCCUCUGCAAGUUUGAGCUGAAGGAAGAGAGAUUUCAGGAUGACAUCAGAAUGUAUCUGGAUUCAGGAGCGAGACUCUCGACCAUCGACUGUGCAGUGCUGUCGACCAUGAUGCAGAUAUCAGGGGAAGUGCUCGAGGAACUUGAUCUGACAAAGUCUUAUACACCGUUUAUUGGGACUGAGAAACUUAUCCAGCAAAUGAAGAACUGCAAGAAGGCUGUAUUUUCAAUCCUGGAACCAGUCUCCUGGAUGGACGAGAGGGCUUGUUCCCUGCACCUCCAGGUCAGUGAAUGGGUCCUGACCGUCGUCUGCGCUUAUGCGCCGAGUGGCAAUUCAGAGUACCCAGCCUUCUUGGAGUCCCCUGAGUGGGGUACUCCACCUGGGGACUCUGUUGUCUUACUUGGAGACUUCAAUGCUCACGUAGGCAAUGACAGCGAGACCUGGAGGGGCUUGAUUGGGAAGAACAGCCUCCCAGAUCUGAACCUGAGACGCUCUAGAGUGUGGUGUGCCGAAGAGAUUCUGUCAAACUCAGUGGCAGGGCCCCUUGAGUUGAUGAGGUUCACCCUCAGUUCCUGA